UGAUUACUGUAAUUUUGUAGUAAGUUUUGUAAUUAAGAAAUAUUUUUGCUAUUCAGAGUUCCUUGAGAUCCCAUAUGAAUUGCAUUGAAUCUCUGGAUCUCUUUGACUAGUAUUGACAUCUUAACAGUAUUAAAUUGUGCAACUCAUGACCAUGGGAAGGCUUUUCUUUCAUUUCUUUUAGCAAUCUUUUUUUUUUUUUUUUUCUUUUUCAGCUGAACCCACAGCAUAUGGAAUUUCCCUGGCCAGGGGUUGAAUCUGAGCUGCAGCUACGACCUACGCCACAGCUCUGGCAAUACCUGAUCCUUAACCCACGGCACCAGGCUGGUAAUUGAAAUAGCACCUCCAGAGAGACAAGCUGGAUCAUAAAACCUCUGUGCCACAGCAGGAACUCCUCUUUUAGCAAUCUUUUAUAGUUUUCUUUGUACAGAUCUUCUGCUUCUUUGCUUAAGUUUAUCGCUGUCUAUUGGAUGUUAGUAUAAAUGGAAGCUUUUAACUUGCAGUUUUUUCUCAGCCUAGUUCUCAGCAAUGACUCAAGGGAAUUCCUGUCGGGUUUCUGAAACUUCUUUUCUGUAUAGGGCUCCCUUUUUUGAGGUUCUCCCCCACAGUUUCCUGUCAUUUCAGACUGCCUUGAGCUAUGAGAUUGAUUUUCUCAACUCCGUUUUCUGGGCUCUGUCAGUAUCAUGCCUGCAAGCAGAAAGGCAGAACCACCUGUUUUUUUCCUCUUUCUCUUAGGGAUUAUAGUCUUGUACUACUUCUUAUCCUAUGUUUUAAAACAGUUGUUUCUUACAUGUUGUCCAGAUUUCUAGCUAUAGAAGAUUAAGUCUGACUCUCGUCCAUUUAUCAGGAUGGAAAGUGGACAUCUUGUAAUAUGUUUUUAAUUAUAUAAUGUGUAUUGGGAGAUGGUUUGGCAGUUUAUAUGAGCUUUUUAAGGAAGCCAGAGUAUAAACUGAAAUAAUUUUUGCUCUUUGAAUCAUCUUUUUCUUACAUCUAAAUUAAAACUGAGGAAAGGACCCCCUAGAUAAUUUUAUGCAUUUGCUGUUCUUAUUUAAAAUGGGUUAACAUCUUAAAUAUAGCUUAUAAAGAAAUGUUCAUAUACAAUUUAAAUUGCUCUUUGAUCAAUAAACCAAAUAUUAUUGUUGUCUUUAGUCUUGGUUUUUUUUAAUGUAACUUACAUAAAAUAUGUAGUGUUCUUUUUAUAAUGUAGGAGCUCUGUUUAUAAUGUAGGAGUAUGUUUAAAAUACAUGUGAUUUUUUAAAACUUAUUUUCACCAUUUUACGUCAUAUUUUAAACAUAACACUUUCUGUAUCAAUAAUUAUUUAAAAUGCACAAAAAAACUUCGAAGUUGAGAAAAUGUAUGAAGUGACAACCUGUGUUUAACUGAUAGAUAUGUAUUAACACCUCAAAGCCAAAACCAAUGGGAGAAUGGGAGGGACAGAUGAGUGAGAGGAAUCCUGACAAUUCCUUAUGGCACUUUUGAAGGACUUUAUAAUAUGAGAAAUUACUUUUGUUAGGAAGUUAUUUUUUUUUUAAUUUACAUAAUAUUUUGUUACCUCGCCAAUCCUAAGUAUGAUAGGGAAAUAAGAAAACUAAAAUUAGGAGAGUUUGAAAGCUUAUUUUUAUUAAAGAGCAAUCAGUUGAAUAAUUGUUCAAAGUAUAAAUUGAUUUGCAAAACACGAUUGUUAUUAAGGAAAUUUUACUAUAAUUGAAAGUAACCUCCAUAUCGUAAACUAUAACAAACUGAUCUCUUUAAAUAGCUAGCAGUUGUUCUCAUCAGUAUUGCUGUGAACUGUUUCUAGUCACAAGAUUUCUGACACCAAAUGUGCAGUAAUUCUCUGUAGACAUCAACUGGAUGUCCUGUAAUGUAGUUCAUUUCUCACACCACCUGGAAUUAGUACAGACCUCACAAGCUAAGAACUCAGUCUCCGGAGAUUGCCCCUCACUUCAGGUGCCAGUUGCAAGUACUAGGUCCUGAGGUUACCAACACUUCUGUCCAGCUUAGCUACAAAUCAGGAGUUUUCAUGAUCUCAUACUCAGAUUUGAUAAUUUGCUAUAAUGACUCACAGAAUUUAAGGAAACACGUUACUUGCUAUUACUUUGUUAUAAAGGAUAUUAUAAAAAUAUAAAUCAAUCGCCCUUAUUUAUAAAUAAGGGCGAUUUAGAAGAGUCCUGAACUCAGGAGCUUCUCUCCCUGUGUGCAUCACCCUUUUGGCACAUGGAUGUGUUUACCUAACCCAGAAGCUCCCUGAACCCCAUCAUUUAUAGGGUUUUUAUGGAGGUUCAUUACAUAGGCAUGCUUGAUUAAAUCACCACCAUUUAACUCAGUCUCUAGCCCUGUAUUAACUCAGUCUCUAACCGUCUAUUCCCGUGGUUGGUUGUUCUGGCAGCCAGCCCCCAUCCUGGAGUUUUCCAGGGGCCCAUUAAUAGUCAUCUCACUACUAUAAACUUGGGAUGGUUGUAGGGGCUUAUUAUGAGGAACAAAAUGUGCUCCUUACCGCUGUGACUCAGGAAAUUUCCAGUGUUUUAGGGUCUCCGUUUCAGGAACUGGGGACAAAGACCAAAUGUGUAUUUCUUAUUAUGUAGCAAUAUCACAAAUAUGUUGUUUGCUAAUAGAUUUUUUUUGGUCAAAAAUUAUCAUUUUGAAGAGCUUAUCAAAACACAAUAGAAGCAAUAUUGGAACCGAAGGUGGACCACCUCCCUUUGUGCCUUUUGGACAGAAGUGUGUAUCUCACGUCCAAGUGGAUAGCAGAGAACUUGAUCGAAGAAAGACGUUGCAAGUUACAAUGCCUGUCAAACCUACAAAUGAUAAUGAUGAAUUUGAAAAGCAAAGGACUGCUGCUAUUGCAGAAGUUGCAAAGAGCAAAGAAACCAAGACAUUUGGAGGAGGUGGUGGUGGUGCUAGAAGUAAUCUCAACAUGAGUGCUGCAAGUAACCGAAACAGGGAAAUUUUACAGAAAGAAAGGUCAACCAAAUCAGAGGGAAAACAUGAAGGUGUCUAUAGAGAACUGGUUGAUGAGAAAGCUCUGAAGCACAUAACAGAAAUGGGCUUUAGUAAAGAAGCAUCAAGGCAAGCUCUAAUGGAUAAUGGCAACAAUUUAGAAGCAGCACUGAAUGUACUUCUUAACAGCAAUAAACAGAAACCUGUUACGGGUCCACCUCUGAGAGGUAAAGGAAAAGGCAGGGGACGAAUAAGAUCUGAAGAUGAAGAGGAAUUGGGAAAUGCAAGGCCCUCAGCACCAAGCACAUUAUUUGAUUUCUUGGAAUCUAAAAUGGGGACUUUGAGUGUGGAAGAACCUAAAUCACAGCUGCAGCAGCUUCAUCAGGGACAAUACAGAUUGUCAAAUACUGAGCAAAAUGGAAUAAAAGAUAAUAGUCAAUCAAGAUACCUUCCUCGAAAUGAUACCAGACAGUCAAGAAAUGAGAAACCUCCUCGAUUUCAAAGAGACACCCAAAAUUCAAAGUCAAUUUUAGAAGGCAGUGGAUUACCUAGAAACAGAGGUUCUGAAAGACCAAGUACUUCUUCAGGAUCUGAAGUAUGGGCUGAAGAGAGAAUCAAGUAUGAUAGGCCAUAUUCUAGAUAUGAUAGAACUAAAGAUACUUCAUACCCUUUAAGCUCCCAGCACAAUGAUGCUGCAUUUAAAAAAAGGGAUAACUCUAUGCAAAGCAGAUCAGGUAAAGGUCCAUCCUGUGCAGACGCAAAAGAAAAUCCACUUCCUCAAGAAUCCAUCGAUUACAAUAAUCAAAAACGUGGGAAAAGAGAAAACCAAACAGCAAAUCCCAAUCAUUUUUAUGACAGGAAACCACGAACUUCGAUAAAUAAUGAAGCUUUUAGUGGUGUAAAAAUCGAAAGACAUUUUAAUGUAAAUACUGAUUAUCAGAACCCUGUCCGAAUGAAUAGUUUCAUGGGUGUUCCAAAUGGAGAGACAGAAACACCACUGAAGGGAAGGCGAGUAGGACCUAUUAAGCCUUCAGGACCCAUCACAACAACACCCUAUGAUGAUAAAAUAUUUUAUAAUAGUGGGCCCAAAAGAAGAUCUGGGCCAAUUAAACCAGAAAAAGUACUAGAGUCAUCUAUUCCUAUGGAGUAUGCAAAACUGUGGAAACCUGGAGAUGAAUGUUUUGCACUUUAUUGGGAAGACAACAAGUUUUACCGAGCAGAAGUUGAAGCUCUUCAUUCUUCAGGUAUGACAGCAGUUGUUAAAUUCAUUGACUAUGGAAACUAUGAAGAGGUGCUACUAAGCAACAUCAGGCCCAUUCAAACAGAGGCAUGGCUUCAGGGGAGCUGGAAAUGCACAGGAGGAGUCAGAAGACUUGGGUUGAGGCCCGGCUCUGCCACUUACUACCUAUGUGAAUUUGGGAAGAAGAAGGCACCUAUGACCAAACUCUUGAGUUCCGUAGAGGAGGUGAUGGUCAACCAAGACGAUCCACUCGGCCAACUCAGCAGUUCUACCAACCUCCCCGGGCUCGGAACUGAUAUGAGAAGAGUCUCUGUGAAGAAAGGAGCUGUUGACUGAAACAUCCUGAUUAAAACCUGUUGAUAGACCUUCUACUUUCAUUUGGAGAACUCAAAGGCAGAUUUUAAGGGAAAAAAUUCAACCCACACAAAGAAUGGGAAAAAAAUACGAAGUUAAAUAAAGCAAGUACCUUUUACAAGUGAAAGAAAGAAUUUUUUCUUCUGCCAUCAAUAAAAUCAAUGCACUGUUAAAUACA